AUGGGAGUCAAAAGUAUAACAACUUCUUCUUCAAAGAAGUCAAAGAAACAGCAUAAUGGGAAGGUGAAAAAGAACAAGAAAGUUAAGAAAGUACGGAAGUCAAAGAAACCCAAAUCCACGAGCGAUGAUAAUGAAGCGGAGAGUUCAGUUAAGGAUGAUGGGGAAGAGAGCAAGAAGGCCUCUGGUAAUCAUGUCACUGCCGAUGGAAUCCUUGUACUGGAAAACAAAUCAGACGACGAUGAAGGAUUUGACGACUAUGAUGGUCACUUUGAUAAUCCUACUGACAUUCCCUCAACCGCUGACGGAAGUAAAACACCGUCAUUAGUAAUCCACGGUAACGAAAAUGACCUGGCUAAUAAUGAUGACUACAUUGCCCUUUCAGCUAGUUCUGAAGAUGAGGAUGCUAAACAGAAAGAAGAAGAGAAGCAGAAAAAAGAAGAAGAAAUUCUGGAAAAAAAGCAAAAAGAAAUCCUUAACACCGACUAUCCGUGGAUUCUGAAUCAUGACCAUUCCAAACAAAAGGAAAUCUCCGAUUGGUUGACCUUUGAAAUAAAGGAUUUUGUUGCAUAUAUCUCACCAAGCCGUGAAGAGAUCGAGGUUCGUAAUCAAACCAUAAGUACAAUCAGAGAAGCGGUGAAACAGCUAUGGCCGGAUGCCGAUUUGCAUGUAUUUGGGUCUUACUCUACCGAUUUGUACCUACCUGGUUCCGAUAUUGAUUGUGUGGUGAAUAGCGAACUCGGUGGUAAGGAAAGUAGAAACAACUUAUACUCCUUAGCAAGCCAUCUGAAAAAAAACAACUUAGCAACAGAGAUUGAAGUUGUUGCUAAGGCGCGCGUUCCGAUUAUCAAGUUCGUUGAACCACAUUCGGGAAUUCACAUUGAUGUCUCGUUUGAAAGAACUAAUGGUUUGGAAGCUGCAAAGCUAAUCAGAGAAUGGUUAAAUGAUACCCCUGGGCUUCGAGAAUUGGUUCUUAUCGUAAAGCAGUUUUUGCAUUCAAGGAGGCUAAAUAAUGUUCAUACUGGUGGUCUAGGUGGGUUCAGUAUUAUCUGUCUUGUUUUUUCAUUUCUCCAUAUGCAUCCACGUAUAAUAACAAGAGAAAUCGACCCAAAAGACAACCUUGGUGUGCUCUUGAUAGAGUUCUUUGAACUUUAUGGAAAAAAUUUUGGUUAUGAUGACGUUGCAUUAGGGUCAUCAGAUGGUUAUCCGGUAUACUUCCCAAAAUCUACAUGGAAUGCUAUUCAGCCAAUCAAAAAUCCAUUUACACUAGCCAUUCAAGAUCCAGGGGACGAGGCAAACAACAUCAGUCGAGGAACGUUUAACAUUCGAGAUAUCAAAAAGGCAUUUGCUGGUGCUUUUGAUCUAUUAACGAAUAGAUGUUUUGAAUUGCAUUCAGCAACGUUUAAAGAUCGAUUAGGGAAAAGUAUAUUGGGUAACGUGAUCAAAUAUCGCGGGAAAGCAAGAGAUUUCAAAGAUGAAAGAGGCUUGGUGCUGAACAAGGCUAUCAUGGAAAAUGAAAACUAUCACAAAAAACGUAGCAGAAUAAUUCACGAUGAAGAAUUUACUGAAGAUACAGUAACUUCCACGGCUACUGCCAGCACCACAGAAGACGAUUAUGACAUAAUAGAACCGCCCACUAAAAAGGUUAAGACACAACCAUCCGAAUCAGAAGCUAAAAAAGAGCCAUUGAAGGAGAAAAGCGAAGAAACUUAUAUUACCAUUUCAAGUGGCGAUGAUGACGAUGAAGAUGGAUAUAACCCUUAUUCUCUUUGA